AUGCAUAUGGGCUCAAGGCAAUGCGGUCCAGCCCGAAAAAGAAAAUUGAAAGGGAAUGGGAACGUGAGAUUAGGGUUAGAGGAGUUGUCCUCUUCAUCUUCUCAAACAGAAUCGUCUUCUUCCUCUCAAUAUUCAGCGCCGCCGUGGAAUCUUACAGCCACCACACUCGCGACCGAUUUUUUUCUUCAAUCAAUUCAUCCUUUCCACCGUAUAAAGCAGCGGCGCCUCCGUCUCUGCUCAUCUUUCUCAGCUCCGCUCUGUCUCUAUCGAUCUCGUUCCGAUAAACCAACACAGCGCCGCCGUUUGUUUUUCUUCUAUUCGAUUUCGCUACAGACCAUCCUCUGA